GAUGGAAAUUGCUUACACGUUGAUAAACAACAAAGGUUUUGUCUGGCAAAUGAAACGCACACCACAUGUUCGAUAAAAUGUCUGGUACAAAGUUAUACCAUCGGCACCUUCUCUCACUACUCCACAAACACCAACACUGCAGCAGUGCCAUUCGGCAAAUCCAUUGCCACUUUCUAGUACUCAACGUCGGCAUACUCGCCCUUUGGAACUCCAUUGUAAAGCACUACUCACUCAGUGCAUUCCCACAAGAUGCCGUUACUCUCUUCGGCUAUCUCCGAAACCAAUCUAAACCUAUAUUCUUUGACAGCUUUACGUACUCGUAUCUCAUCAAAGCUUGUGCUAAUUUGAAACGGGCCCACCUCGGAAACCAGCUCCAUUGUUCGAGCACUAAAGUGGGGUUUGAUUAUCAUGUCCAUGUCCAGACUGCGCUGGUCAAUAUGUACAUGGACUGUGGGUGUUUGGCUGAUGCGAAGAACGUGUUCGACGAAAUGCCUGAGAAGAAUUUGGUCACGUGGAAUGUUUUGAUAACAGGGUUUAUCAAGUGGGGCGAGAUAGAAUUUGCGAGGGCUGCUUUUGAUUCGAUGCCGGAAAGGAAUGUUGUCUCGUGGACGGGGCUUAUAGAUGGGUACACUCGUAAGAGCCGUUUUUACGAAGCACUGUCUUUGUUUCGAGAAAUGUUUGUCGGUGAUGGAAUUAAUAAUAAUAAACCCACAGAAGUGACUCUUCUCGCAGUUUUUCCAUCAAUUUGGAAUAUCGGGUGCCUCGAGUUUUGCGAAAUGGUCCAUACUUACGGAGAGAAAAGUGGGCUCAACGUGUUGGAUGUUCGUGUUAUGAAUUGCCUCAUCGAUGCGUACGCGAGGAGUGGGAGCAUAGAAAGCGCGUGGAGAGUUUUCGAGGAAAUUGGUAAUGCCAAGAAAAACUUAGUCUCGUGGACGUCCAUGAUAUCUGCAUUUGCAAUGCAUGGAUUGGCUACAGAAGCUUCGGAUUGUUACGUAAAAAUGGAGGGCGCGAAAGUGAAGCCUAAUCGGAUUACUUUUCUGAGCGUGCUAAAUGCAUGUAGCCACGGUGGAUUGGUGGAAGAGGGGAUCGAAUUUUACAGAAAAAUGGUGGAAGAGUGUGGGAUCGAACCCGAGAUAAAGCAUUAUGGAAGUUUGAUAGAUAUGUUGGGAAGGGCAGGGAGAUUGGAAGAAGCAGAGAAAAUGGCUCUAAACAUACCUAGUGAAAUCGGUAAUGUUGUUGUGGUUUGGAGAACACUUUUAGGUGCUUGUAGUUUGCAUGGGAAUGUUGAGAUGGGCGAGAGAGUAACGACGAAGAUUAUGGGGCUGGAGAGGGAAUACGGCGGUGACUAUGUGCUUAUGUCGAAUAUAUUUUGUGGUGCUGGUAGAUAUGUCGAUUCUGAGAGAGUGAGGAGGUUAAUGGAUGACCGAAAUGCUUCGAAACUUCCGGGUUUUACUUUGGCCUAGUGAUGAACAAAUUUCAGCCCAGGCUCGUCGGCCCGCGGCCCGCCCGCAGUCCAAGUCCGUGAAGCCUGCCCGCAACAAGUCCGUGGAUUCAGCCCGCCCA